AUGGCGAGUGAGAGAGCUGGAGAGAUCAAUAGAAGGCACUAGAAACAACCAUCUAAGAAAGAGGAUAAAUAGGAUAAAUAUGCCUUGGAUGGAUCCGUGUUUGAUUUGCAUAUUUUCACAGAUCACCUAACAUAUCAUCAUGGGAAUACAAUAAAAGGAAUACCGCUCAUAAUCUAUUAUUUUUUUUUUUGAGUACAGAGAGGAGGAGUGCAACAAUCUCUCUUUAUAAUUUUCCUCCUCUUCUUUUUGUCCUGAUUGUCUGUUAUAGGCAUUGUAUAAUUCACCCUUUCCCACCGGAUCCAUUUGGUUCCUCCUCCUCAGGAAGUGGAGACGCCAGAAACAAGGACUGCCUUCAGCUGAUGCCUUCCUGGCGAUGCAUGCGAUCACUCUGCGAUGCCCUGUUCUUUUCUAGCGAGGAGCUGCAGGCAGUAGCGAGGGACCACGCAGGGGAAGGAUGCAUUUAAAGCAGGAUGUGUGCUGGAUGCUGGGAGACACGGCAGCGAUAGCAGCAGCAGCAGCGAGCACAGAGGGCCUGGGAAGUGCCCACUCCCUCUCUCUCCUCCUUUUCCUCCCCCCCUGCAGGACCAUGCUUGCGUGAGGGAUGAGGCUGUGCACAGGGACGCCAGGCCAGAGCUGCGGCCUACUUCUUCUCACAAGAGCCGGGCUCUCGACUGCAAGAUCUCUGAACGCUUUGCCACCAUCAAAUCAUCAGCAUCUUUGGUAGGCAGGCUCCCUCUCCGCGUUGUUUGCAUAAGAAAUGGGGGGGGGGGGGGGGUCUCUCUCUCCCUCUCCGUCCUCUCAGCUGCACAUCUGUAGUCAUGGCAACCAGAUCCCGUUAAUAAGUGUUGUUUUUUCCAUCCUCCGUUUCCCCCCCUCUGCCUUUAUUUUAUGUGUGUGUAAUCGUUUGGAUUUAUAUAAAAUCUAUUUCGAUGUCUGUUUAUCGUGAUUUCAAGUGUUUUUUGUUAUUGAUUUACAAGCUGUACCUUUACCAUUACCAUUCAAUAGUAGGCCUGCAAACCAGGCUCAUACCGUUCCAUUUGUGGCUACAUAUACAGUAUGUACUUGACAGAUAUAUUAGCAUGAAGAACACCACAUUUACAUUCAAGGCACCCUCUUCAUGUUCAUGUAUGUAGCUACCAUAAUUGAUGAUGCAUGUGCUGUGUUACUAGCAUGAAAUCUGAGCCAAGCAGCCAUGAUCAAUCAGUGAAGAGGAGCAGUAUGCAUUAUUUCCUGCCCUGGAAAAUGCUAUCCACAGAUACUGUAGCUAAUAAUCCUCAGGAAUGUCCACCAAUUAACAAUUUUGUGUGUGUGUGUGUGUGUGUGUGUGUGUGCAUAUGCCUUUGCGUGUGUGUGUUUGUAUGUGUCACAUUUAUGACAGGAUUUGUGACAGGUGGUCAUAGAGGCGAUCUUUAGUUAUAAUUGAUUGGACUUUACAGGUGUUGGACUAGAACUCAGAUUAUAUAUUACCUUUAGGUGUAUUGUAUAUAGUCUUUGUGAGGAUUCUAUUCCAUUUAAGGUAUUCUUGCAAAGACAAUAAAAUAUGUCAAGUUAUGAGUCAGAUUCACAAAGAACAUUGUUCUUCUGUAUUUUACAGUCUAUUACAGAGUAUGACUAGGGUACUCGUCCAUGUUGAACGAUACAGUACAGUACAUUUUAAUUCUACAGUCGUCUUCCUUCACAGGCCCUCUUGCUUUUCACCCCUGACCGUUCUCUCUGUGGCCUCCGACCCCUGACCCCUGUGUCCAGGUCACCAGGUAGAUCCAGGAGCAUGAGCAGGACUCUGAGCUGCGGGAGCAGAUGUCUGGUUAUAAGCGCACGCGGCGGCAGCACCAGAAGCAGCUGAUCGCCCUGGAGAACAGGCUGAAGGCGGAGAUGGAUGAGCAUAGGCUCCGGUUGCAGAAAGAAGUGGAGACCCACGCCAACAACACUUACAUAGAACUGGAGAGACUGGCCAAACGGCAUGCCGUUCACACAGACAAAGAGGUGAAUGACGUACUGUAGCCUGGUAGGACAGUAGGUUCGGAUUGGUAUGAAUGAGGUGUAAACUGAAGAUGUUCAAACUCCUUGAUUAGAUAGCAUCCUUAGAAUUUUGCCCUUUCAGCAUAAUGUCAGAAUUUUAAACAGAACAUCGAAGGGAGGUGAUAAACCUCUAAUUCUGGAACAUUUAAUAUGUUACCGUACAGUUAAAGGCAGCUACAGCAGAGGAGAAGAGGAUCCAGCAACAGAUCAUUGCCCAGCAAAAGAAGGAGCUGACCACCUUCUUAGACAACCAGAAAAGAGAGUACAGGCUCUGUAAAGAGAAGAUCAAAGAGGUAAACGUAUAAAUCAUUAACAUUGUUUGUGUGAAAUUGUUUGCAUUUUCCAUGCAUUUUCUCCCAUGACCACUAAGCCCUGGUUCUUGUCUGGGGGUUGCAGGAGAUGUAUGAGGACCCCAGUACGCCCAAGGAGGAGAAGCAGGAGCGUCUGUCCAGACACAAGGAGACGGUGCAGCGCUCGCAGGCUGACGAUGAGGCCCACCUCCUUGACCAGCAGAGGCUGGUCUAUGACAGGAGUUGCCGGGCCCUGAAACGCAGGACACUGGUCAGGAGGCACGAGUUUGAACAGGAGCAAAUGAGAGAGGUACAGUUCCUCUCUGAGAUUUAGUUAGCUAACUUACUCACAACAUGCAGUGCCCAUGAUGCUGAUAGAUGUGUGCUUUUAUAUACCUUCUUUAUCAGUCUAUUGUAUGAUUGCUUUCUUCAACUUUGCCUCUUUUGUUAAAUGGCCUAGUUUGCAUUGUACAAAUCUGAAGUAUUGUAUAUUUGAAAUGAAAUGGAAAGAUGAGGAAUAUGUCCCGUACCAGGAGCUGAAUAAGAAGAAGACCCAGAAGGAGAUGGAGCAGGCCCUGAUGAUCCGACAGGACGAGUCCACUCAGGAGCUGGAGCGCAGGCAGCUGCAGACGCUGCAGAGGCUCCGUGUUGAUCUGAUCCGCCUGCAGCACCAGACCGAGUUGGAGAACCAGGAGGAGUACAACGGCCGGCGGCAGAGAGAGCUGCACAGGAAGCACGCCCUGGAACAGAGGCAGCAGCCCCGGAACCUCAAGGUGCAUAGAAUCUAUACUGCAGCUGUUGCACUGUAAAUUUGGUUUAGUAAGAGCCAAUGAUGAAUCAUUGUGUGUCUGCACAUCUAGGCAAAGACCCUUGAAUUAACGUUGCACCCCUGGUCAGACUGAAGCUCAGCCGGCACCCAAAACCGGCAAAAUUACUGUAUGUUUCUUACCAUUGUUUCUUUCUAUUUGUCCAUCUGGAGAUGUUGGAGAUGCAGAUCAAGAAACAGUUCCAGGACACGUGUAAGGUGCAGAACAAGCAAUACAAAGCCCUGAGGAACCAUCAGCUUGAGGUCUCUCCUAAGAGUGAGCACAAGGCCAUCCUAAAGUCACUGAAGGAGGAGCAGACACGCAAGCUCGCGGUGCUGGCCGAGCAGUACGAGCAGAGCAUCAAUGAGAUGAUGGCCUCACAAGCGGUAAGGGGUGGUCCGGGCUCUGGCUGGGCCCUUAACCUCCAAACAGCCACACAAUCUCUGCUGGUACAUGCUUUUCAUUUUUUACCAACUCAGUGGCCUUGUGGUUAGAGUGUCUGACUUGAGAUGGGAAGGUUGGGAGUUCGAUCCCUGGCCGAGUCAUACCAAAGACUGAAAAAAUGGGACCCGAAGAGUCUCUGCUUGGCACUUAGCUUUAAGGAGAUAGAUUGGGGUAAGGCCCCACGAUAGACUAGCGUCCUGUCCAGGGGGUGUAUUUGUACAUCAUGCUACAGAAACAGGAGAUAAGCUCCUGCUCCUAUGAGUCGUUCCAGCUUGUGCAAGGCUACUUUACUUACAUGUAUGUUUAACCCUCUCUCUCUCGCUCUCUUGUCCUCCAGAUGCGUCUGGAGGAGGAGCAGCAAAGAGAGUGCCAGGCGUUGAAGCAGCAGCUGCAGCAGGAGGUGGAGCUCCUGGAUGCCUACCAGAGCAAGACCAAGGCCCAGACAGAAGCCCAACACGAGCAGGAGCUGCAGAAGCUGGAGCAGGAAGUCUCCUUACGCAGGGCCCACCUGGAACAAAAGGUAUGUUUUUAUUAUUUUAUAAGUAACACAGACUCACCUCUUUAAACUGACCACUUCACCUAUUUGAUUGUUAUAUAUUCACUAUUGUGGAUUCAGAUUGAAGAGGAGCUGGCCUCACUUCAGAAGGAACGCACUGAAAGGAUCAAGCACCUGUUUGAACGGCAGGAGAGGGAGAUGGACGCUUUCGAUGCAGAGAGCGCUAGGCUGGGGUUUGGGAGCUUAGGAUCACUGGACUUCCCCAAGGAGGACGACAGAUGA